GCUAUCACUGGCGUUUCUCCGAAUCACAAGAUCGCCUCUUUUGAGGAGGCCAAAGCGAUCGACAAAGUGAACGAACGUAUGCCGCCGCGCCGCUUCUCCAUGCCUACGGUGACCUCUCUUGACCCGGAGUCCUUAGCCGCACUCCAAUCGAACGCAGCUGCCUUAGCCGCCAAUGCUGCAGCCAGUGAGCGCAAAAGAUAUUUGGGCGACGAUGCCUAUGUGAGUCCAGACGCUACGAUCGACGACGCAAGUUUGACGACCAGAAAUCCCGCCAAGACAGCUGUUGAACUCGUUGCCACACCAAUUGCCGUGACUAGUGUGAUUCCCUCCCUGAUUGAUACGACCUCUCUGGCCCUGACAAUAACACCCACCGGCAUCUCUUCUAGUUCUCCCGUAGGUUCCCUAAGCUCGCAGAGGCCUGGGGCCCCCAGGCCGCCUUCUAUAUGUGAGGAACGCUCAUCGGACGAUGAAGCAGAUCCAGCCAAACAGACACCUGAUUCAACAAAAAGCAAGUUAUUUGGUGGGGCUUCAGGCAAGUCAACCUUCACAAAUGUCAGAAGCUCUGCACCAGCAGAGAAAUCAAUUGACAGAUCACCUGCACGCAGUAAAAAGCCUUAA